AUUAUUGCCAUUCCAGAAUCGGAAUCAUUACCCCAAUUAUAAACAACCGAAAUUUCACUACAACUGGCAUACAGUGUCAAUACAGUGUUUAUAAGCUUUUAGCACGGCCAUCCCACCCACUCCGCAGCUUCAAAUCGAAUGUUCGACGCAUAACGCGUACACGGCUUCAUACAUGCGCAACGUCAACCAAACGCAGAAGAAUCCAUGCGUUUUUCUCUGAAAAUGAUAAAUAUAUAAAUUUGCCACUAGUUUGGCUUAUAUUCUCUCAACAUGGACAGGACAGCAACUACAGAGGAGAGAAAUGCUCUCUUUCAAAAGCUUAAACCAUGCUGCAUACAAAUAAGCCAGUUGGUUUUGCAAGAUUCCAAUACUCAAAUUGAUUUCUCUGAACUCUCAUCCCUCAUAGACCAACUCCUUAACACCCUCAAGUCGGCCACGGAGCUCGCCACAUCGGGUCUCGAUGAAAAGCUUGCGGAAUAUGUCUUCUUUCCACUGUAUCAUAUUUUUGGUCAGUUGAACAAGUAUCCAAUGACGAUCAUCGAGAAAUGCUUGGACUGUUUAACAAUUCUCAUUGUGCAUGGCUGGAAGACUAAGAUAUCCUUGAAGCUGGCGCAACAAAUCUUCAGCCUGCUAACUUUCAUAAUCGACGGCGUCCCUGGAUCAAAACCAAAAGCAAGACCAGAAGAAACAAUACUGGGGGCAUAUAAAACACAACAUGCACUUCUUGAUACUGUCGGGAAUUCUCCGCUGGCUGCGGCCGGACUGGCAGACCAGGAGUUCAUCCCGGCUUUGGGCCACGGCGUUACCGUCAUACUUGAUGGUAUUAUCGACGGUGACAACACUGAUAUUCAAGCAGAAGCAAUAGCGUGUAUUCGUUCACUUUUCAACACUAUAAGAGACCGAGAAGCUCUUGCCAGCUUUCUCCCUGGUACAAUCUCUGCUUUUGCCAAGCUGUUAUCUGCCCCAGCUAAGCAAAAGAGCAUUGUGCUAGCACAUGCCAUCGAGGCAGUUGGCAUUAUCCUGACAAGAGUCUUGGGAGAUGUCCACAUGAAUACGACAAUGAAACGAGAAACAAAUAGUGGCUCCAACCAAGACAAGGCCAAAGUUUUGAGCAAAUCUUGGUUUGAGGCUACGGCGUCGCAAGUACGCAUGGCUAUUGCGCCUAUGAUGAAGCUACGAUCUCACGAUUCCCUUUCAGUUCGCACCGCGCUCAACCGUUUUUGUAUCAAGCUUCUCGAUGAAUGCCACAGCUCUUUAAACAACUGUUCAUAUUUCCUGAUUGAAACAGCUAUCAUUUUGGAUCCUGGGGCAGACACUGAGUUCUCUCUGGAAACGAAUUUGGGCUCUCUUGUCAGUAUCUAUCCUGAGCUAGAGAACUCCGUCAAGUUAACAGUCUUCAACUGGAUGAGCAGUCUUCCUGGAUCAACCCAAUCAGCCGAUGAGGCAGUUCCGAGAACAGCCAUCCACAAUUUUCUCAAGGGCAUGGAACUGCUACGACAAUUACGAAUCGAAUCUUCCACUAUUGAGGACACGCUUCCCUAUACCUUACGAGAUACAUUGACAGCACUGAUGAGUAAAGAAAAGUCAGCACAGCCUGCUAAUGUAAUGCCUAUCGAUCUGCAAGACAGUCAUGCACUCGUCUCUUCCAGAGGCUCAAGUCAGUACCCACCGAUUGUCAUGUCCCAUGAAAGCCAACGUGGUCUGAAAAAGGAGAUGAUGGAUCUGAUAUCAUUCGUGGGAAGCACAUCACAACAAACAUCAACUAUUUCCACCAUUCUUGAAUCUGCACGCGAUGAUACUUCAGUAAACCAGGUGGCAUCAUUUUGGCUGUGCUAUAAGAUGAUAAGGGCUGCAUAUGCCGCCAAGACAGAGUCGGACGAAUUCCUGAACCUUUCGGCAGUCCAAGACAACUUUGAUGCUGAACUAAUAUUCGACGAACUCUACAACUAUUCAGUACAAAUCCUGGAUAAUCACUCGGAUGCCACCCAAGUUGACUGGCGCCUUGAGGCCACUGCGCUGGAAAUGGUGACGUUUGCAGCUCAUGAAGCAGGGAAAGCGUAUCGUCCAGAGCUGAUGGAUAUUUUAUUCCCCGUUGCAACAUUACUGGGUUCUGAAAGCACCCUGCUGCAACAACAUGCCGUCAUCACCCUGAACGAGCUCGCGUCAGCUUGUGAAUAUGGAAGCGUGUCCGAACUAAUAGUGGACAAUGUUGACUACAUGGUCAACUCGGUAUCACUACGACUAAACACACUGGAUAUCUCCCCUGCAUCUACGCAAGUAUUGACGAUGAUGGUUCGUCUUGCUGGGCCACGUGUGAUUCCUUUCCUAGAUGACGUUGUGGACUCUGUCUUUGCAGCUUUGGAGAAUUAUCACGGAUAUCCAGCUUUUGUGGAAAGUCUAUUUGUUGUGCUAAAGGAAAUCGUCGACCAAGCGCCGCGCACUGAUAGAUUGCAACUGGAGGACCGCGAAAGAGCCAGCAAGAGUCACAAGAAAACCGUCACUGGUACGCAAAACUUGCAAACCCUCUCAGACUUUUUCCAACGCCGAAGCCAACGCAAGGAACGAGAGGUGCGAGAAAUGCAGACUCACCAAGUCAUCGACUCACAUCCUCAAAAGCCUUGGGGUGACAAGAAAGAGUCUGCUCCAGGUGAAGAAGAAGAAACCCCGGCUGAAGGUGGUAGCAACAAUGACCAGAAGCCUCCGAACUCGCCAACCUAUCAACUCCUCAACCGCGUUGCCAGCCUUACGCAAUAUUAUCUCACAUCUCCAACUCCCAAGCUGCGAAGAUCACUAUUAGAAUUGCUUAAUACCGCCUCGAAAGUCCUGGCCGCUGACGAAGAUGCGUUUUUGCCCUUGGUAAACUCUGUAUGGCCUGUAGUCAUUGCUCGACUACAUGACCCGGAAUCAUAUAUUGCUAUCGAAGCAUGCUACACAUUGAACGGGCUAUGUGAAGCUGCUGGUGACUUUUUAAGUACAAGAUUUAAGACUGAAUGGUCCAAUGGCUUGGGCGACUGGUGCCGACGUAAUAAAGCGGAGGCGAUGCGCGGCCAGGGCCGCUCUACAAAAGCACCUCAGAUUACGGGCUUGAGAUCGCAGACCGGCCCGAUAUCUCUUCCUAUUAGAACAGUCAACAAGGGCGUACAAGCCGUUUCUGAGCCUUCCGUCGGCUCAGGAAGUCUUGGGCAGUACGCAUCUCCCGCCAGGAUCUGGGAGGCAACAGUAAAGCUUUUAACAGGCAUUGUUUCAUUUGUUCGCAUCGAUGACGACAUGUUUGAUCAAAUCCUCGAUCUGCUCCUAGACGUCAUUGGCAAGAAUGAGUCGGUCAGAGAAGCCUUGGAGACGGUUAACAAAAACGCCGUCUGGCUCGCUGAGUAUCAACGAGGACAAAUUGCCCCAGUGCCAGCCCCCAAGCUGGAUGGCUUUACAUUUGCACCAAUGAGACAGAUAUCGGUAUAGUUAACGCAUAUCAUUUAAUAUAGUAUUUACGUCUACAUUCAUUUCUCAUCUCUCGUUUCGUCAUUCAACUCGUCCCCUUUGUGUUCAUCUCUUUUACAUUUUAGGAAAGGCCGUCAAGUACCCAUCCACCACAGCCGACAUGAGGCGGUUGGCAAUAGCUUGCUGAGGCGGGAUGCGCAAGUCUCCCUCCUUGUAUUCGGAAGAAGCAGCACCGUCAAGAGAGCUUGUGCCGACAUUGAUUGCAGUGCGCACUUCGUCCAUGGUGAACCAUUUGGCGUCAUCCAACUCCUUGUCGUUGAGAGUAAUAUCUUCGCCGCCAGGAAGUGCCUGUGCAAUAGCGCCAAUCAUCAGAUUAGCAGGAUAUGGCCAUGGCUGCGUGGAAUGGAUGACUACACGUCCAACCUUGACGCCAGCCUCUUCCCAGACCUCUCUGCGCACAGCUUCUUCCAUGGCCUCUCCAGGCUCAAGGAAGCCUGCCAGCGUGCUAUACCAGUACUGUGGCCAUCUUGCCUGGCGACCAAGCAGGAUACGCUGACCGUCCGCCGAAACGACUGCGGCAAUCAUAGUUGGGUCGGUUCGCGGGAAGCACAAGUUGGAUAUUCCGUGGCGUGUCGGACAGUCUUCGCGCUCUGUUGCAGAGCCGCCCUUGAGAUCUGACGGAGGGCAUGCUCGCUUGUAGCCGGCUUGGAUGGAGAGAGUUCGGUUACCGCAGGCGGCGCAGAACUUGUUGCGGUCGUUCCAGUCAAUCAUGGAUCUUGCUUGCGCAAAGGCAGCAGCUAUAUAUCUCGUGUUAAAUCAUAGCCCAUCUAUAAAUAGUCCCGAUUUAUGUUUCGACUUACCAGCUUCAGGUAGCAGAGACAUGCCAUUAGGUCGCUCUUGCACUGACCAUCCCUUUGCCUUGAUACUCUCCAUCAACGCCUUCGCCGCAUCUUCAUACGAGCCCUUCGGUGUAAUAUCUACAGCAAAGACCGGCGAACCCUUUAUGUUUCCAUGUUCUGAGGACUUAAUCUCAGAGGAUUCCGCAUCCUCAAUCAUGCCCAAGAAGACAACAAUCGGCGUUACAACACUAGAGUCGUAGGCUGCAAUGGCCUCCUUCUCGGAGAGCUUGAAUGGGUCCUCGCCAAUUAGCGGCGCAACAUCCUGCAGCGUGAGGUAUCCGAGGCGUCUCUUGUCGAUGGUGACGGGAUUAAGGUUCUCGAGAGCUAGAAAUGUCGCCUUGGGGUUUGCGGCGGCUCGGCGGAGGAAUGCGGCGUCGGCGCGAAGGAAAGAGUAUCGGUUGAUGCGGGAGCCGGCGUAGUAGUUGACUACUUCUUUGCCGAACUUGCGGGUGAGCAUGGAGUCGUCGUUUACCAGGG